AAAUUACCCUUUCCAUCUUCGUUACAUUCGUACUUUUCUUCUCUCCAGAGAGAGAAAGUAGAGAGAGAAAAUUGGGAAAUUGUUGUUGAUGAAACGGGAAACAUCUAGGGUUUGUGAAAUCUGAAUCGGAUUGCAUCAAUUGGUUUUGUUUUUUCUUGUAUAAAAUGGCGACGCCAUUGACAGGAUUGCAACACCGGGACGUUGGAGGUGGUGGUGUGGCGGUGAUGGCGGCUUCCGGUGGAGGGGCGGUGAACCAGAUGGAUCCGUCCAGUAGUAACCAAUCUUCCAAGAAACAAAGUUCGCCAAUUCAUAUCUUCUUGUUCUUUCAUAAAGCCAUACGGUCGGAGCUCGAUGCCCUACACCGGUCUGCCAUCGCUUUUGCUACUAAUUCUCAUGUGGAAAUUGAGCCCUUGCUUAAGCGCUAUCACUUCCUUCGAUCAAUCUAUAAACACCACUGCAAUGCCGAAGACGAGGUUAUUUUUCCAGCUUUAGACAUCCGUGUCAAGAACGUGGCUCGAACGUAUUCUCUUGAACACGAGGGCGAAAGUGUCAUCUUUGAUCAACUGUUCACAUUACUGGAUUCAGACAUGCAAAAUGAAGAAAGCUUUAGAAGAGAAUUAGCAUCCUGCACAGGUGCCCUUCAAACAUCAAUCAAUCAACACAUGUCCAAAGAAGAAGAACAGGUGUUCCCCUUGCUCGUUGAGAAAUUUUCAUUUGAGGAACAAGCUUCGUUAGUUUGGCAAUUUUUAUGCAGCAUUCCUGUAAACAUGAUGGCAGAGUUUCUUCCAUGGCUUUCAGCCUCUGUAUCUUCUGAUGAACGCCAUGAGAUGCGGAAUUGUUUAUGCAAAGUAAUCCCAGAAGAAAAGCUACUUCAACAGAUUAUAUUCACGUGGAUGGAUGGUGCAAACGGUUUCAAAAAGCGAAAAAGCUCUGAAGAGUGUGAGGAAGGGCAUUAUUGUCCAUGUUCAUCUUCCAGACCUAAAAAACGAGAAUCUUUCUUAAGAUCAAUCGACGAUUCCACAGAUUCACUACAUGAUCGCCCUGUAGAUGAAAUAUUACACUGGCACAAAGCUAUAAAAAAAGAAUUAAUUGAUAUAGCUGAAGCAGCUAGAAGGAUACAAUUAUCUGGAGAUUUUUCAGAUAUAUCUGCCUUUAACAAAAGACUCCAAUUUAUCGCAGAAGUUUGCAUAUUCCAUAGUAUUGCAGAAGAUAAAGUUAUAUUCCCUGCUGUAGAUGCUGAGCUGUCAUUCGCCCAAGAACACGCAGAAGAAGAGAGUGAAUUUGACAAGUUUAGAUGUUUGAUUGAAAGCAUAGAAAACGAUGGAGCAAAUUCAUCUUCAUCUGAAUUUUGUUCAAAGUUAUGCUCACAUGCUGAUCAUAUCAUGUCAAUCAUUGAGAAACAUUUCAAAAAUGAAGAACUUCAGGUUCUCCCACUUGCACGCAAGCAUUUUACUCCUAAAAGACAACGAGAGCUCUUAUACCAAAGUUUAUGUGUAAUGCCUUUGAGAGUAAUCGAAUGUGUUUUACCAUGGUUAGUUGGAUCUCUUACAGAAGAGGAAUCAAAAUCAUUUCUCCACAAUAUGCAUAUGGCAGCUCCUCCUUCCGAUAUUGCCCUUGUCACCCUGUUCUCCGGUUGGGCUUGCAAAGGGCGUCCAAGGGAAAUAUGCUUGUCUUCAGGCACAACAGGUUGUUGUCCUGCAAGGGCAUUUUUGGAAUCCAAUAAUGGUUGCAAUCCAUCUUGUUGUGCAUACAAUGAUAUGACAUCUGAUGAUUCCGGAAGGUCAAACAAACGGUCAAACUCGACCCCACAUCAAGAAAACAAAAACCAUGGUAGUACUCGUAGUAAACAAUCUUGUUGUGUUCCAGGGUUAGGAAUGGAAAACAACAAUUUGGGAACAAGUUCUUCGAAAUCUUUACGUUCUUUAUCUUUUAACCCUUCCAGUUCUACCCCUUCCUUUAGCUCCAGUGUUUUCAACUGGGAAACGGGUAUAAGUUUGAUUGACACGGAGGGCAAUGGGCGUCCAAUUGACACGAUUUUCAAAUUCCACAAAGCAAUUCGCAAAGACUUGGAGUUUCUUGAUGUGGAAUCCGGGAAACUAAACGAAACGAACGAAAGCUUCCUUCAUCAAUUCAAUGGAAGAUUCCGUUUGUUAUGGGGUUUAUACAGAGCUCAUAGUAAUGCAGAGGACGAUAUCGUCUUUCCCGCAUUAGAAUCUAAAGAAACUUUACAUAAUGUCAGCCACUCGUACACUUUAGACCACAAACAAGAAGAAAAGUUGUUUGAAGAUAUAUCAACUUCACUUUUUGAACUGUGUGAGCUUCAUGAAAACCUUGAUAUGUGUGAUGAUAGUUUUAGGAAUUAUAAUGAGUUGGCUACAAAAGUACAGGGGAUGUGUAAAUCGAUUAGGGUUACAUUGGAUCAACAUAUUUUGCGUGAAGAACUUGAGUUAUGGCCUUUGUUUGAUAGACAUUUUUCUGUUGAGGAACAAGAUAAGCUUGUGGGGAGAAUUAUUGGGACUACAGGUGCUGAAGUGUUGCAGUCGAUGUUGCCAUGGGUGACUUCUGUUUUGACUCAAGAGGAACAGAAUAAAAUGAUGGAUACAUGGAAACAAGCUACUAAAAAUACAAUGUUUACAGAGUGGCUUAAUGAAUGGUGGGAGGGUAGUUCUCCUUCUUCAGAGGAAGCAUCACAAACAGAUGCAAAUAUUUCACAAGGUGGUGAUGUACAUGAACAUGAAGCAUUGGAUCCAAAUGAUUACACGUUUAAGCCAGGGUGGAAAGAUAUAUUUAGGAUGAAUCAAAAUGAGCUUGAGUCAGAGAUAAGAAAAGUUUCUAGGGAUCCUACUCUUGAUCCCAGAAGAAAGGAUUAUCUCAUUCAGAACCUUAUGACCAGUCGUUGGAUUGCUGCCCAGCAGAAAUUACCACAAGGAAGAAAAGGGGAAACGUCAGAUAGCGAAGGCCUCCAUGGAUUCUCCCCAUCCUUUCGCGACACAGAAAAACAAAUAUUCGGAUGCGAGCAUUACAAACGUAACUGCAAGCUCCGAGCUGCGUGUUGUCAGAAGCUUUUCACAUGCAGAUUUUGUCACGAUAAUGUCAGCGACCACACAAUGGACAGGAAAGCUACAACCGAAAUGAUGUGUAUGAACUGCCUCAAGAUUCAACCUGUUGGACCGAAUUGCUCAACACCAUCUUGCAAUGGACUUUCAAUGGCGAAGUAUUAUUGUAGCUAUUGCAAGUUCUUUGAUGAUGAAAGGACAGUGUAUCAUUGCCCGUUUUGCAAUUUAUGUCGGCUUGGAAAAGGGCUUGGAGUUGACUUCUUUCAUUGCAUGACAUGCAACUACUGCUUGGGGAUAAAGCUGGUGGAUCAUAAGUGUAGGGAGAAAGGCUUGGAAACAAACUGCCCCAUUUGUUGUGAUUUUUUGUUUACUUCAAGCGCAGCUGUCAGAGCCCUUCCCUGUGGUCAUUUUAUGCACUCUGCUUGUUUCCAGGCGUAUGCAUGCACGCAUUACAUCUGUCCAAUAUGCAGCAAAUCCAUGGGAGAUAUGUCGGUGUAUUUUGGUAUGCUGGAUGCUUUAAUGGCAUCUGAGGAGCUACCGGAGGAGUAUAGAAAUCGGUGUCAGGACAUACUAUGCAAUGAUUGUGAUAAAAAGGGGAAUGCUCCUUUUCACUGGCUAUACCACAAGUGUGGAAGGUGUGGAUCAUACAACACGCGAGUCAUCAAAGUUGAUCCAAUUGCUCCUAAUUGUUUAAACUGAAACUUUCCUUGCUUUGUGUCCCGUUUGUGUAUAUACAUUAAUUAAUACAGUAGAGAGAAAUCAAGAGCCAGAGAGAGAGAGAGAGAGGAUGUAAAUUGCAAAUAUCUUUUUGUUGCCAAUUGCAAUUGCAUUGCCAUUGGUUUUUCAGCAUAUGAGCAAAUAAAACCUUGGUGGAAAGAA